AUGAAUACAUUGUUUAAAUCUAUAAACAUUACACAAAGAGUUGUAUUGAAUUCAACUACAACCUUUAACAAAAACAGCUGUAGAUUAUAUUCGACUAUCGUUUCAAGAUCAUCACCAUUGCUCAACAACAAUAGAUUGACUUUGAACAGAUCAGCAGCAGAGACUACCACUACUACUACAAUUACAUCGAACAACACAACAAAUAAUGGUGGAGGAUUAAAAGAUUUCUUUGAACACGUCUACACAAAGGGUACUUACCCAGUCUCUGGUAAAUCAUGGGAAGCAAGAGAUCUCCGUGGAAAGUCAUUCGAAGAUCUACAUAAACUUUGGUUCGUUCUAUUGAAGGAGAGAAACAAGGUCAUGACCGAACAAGAAUUGGCAAAGAAUCAUAAACUUGUAAAUCCAUUACGUUUAAAGAAGAUCCGUAAAUCAAUGGCAGCAAUUAAAGUAGUUUUGGGUGAAAGAGAUAGACUUAGAAAACAACUCUAUAUUUUGACAAAAUGUCCAGAGUCAGAGAGAAAUCAAGUACAAAAGGAAGUCGAACGUUUAACAAAAUUGGUUGGUGCAGUAUCGUUGACACCUGGCCUUAGAGAUUUGGAACAACUACAAGAUACACUUAAAGUCGAUGAAAGUUUAGAGAGCAGCAUAGAUAAUUUACAAUCAACCAACUAA